UGUAGUGGAAGUAAAGCGAUUAUGUUCUACUAUGCUGGAAAGAGUUUCUUAUUUAAAAUUUGGGAUGGGAUGUAAAAUAUUCGGGAAUCCUGCAUCGUGUUAUUGAACUCAGCAUCGGUUCAGUUGGUUAUCGUUCGGAGUAAUGCUAGUUUAUAAACAUGUGUUGUGUUUUGUUGGUUUUGUUAAAUCUGCUUCCCAUACGUCAUUUUAGAACGAUCUGUUUAGUUUAUACUGCAGUGUUCUAUUCUGUGCAUGUCGCGGUUACCCGUGUUAUCUGUGCAUUUCCCAUAGUUUACGAUGGGUUAUGAAGUUUUGUUGUGAUGUAUUCUACGGGCUUUACAAUGCUUCCACGAUGCUUAAUUACACUUUGCUAUGCUUUUAACUUGUGUGCAGGCUGUAAACAUUACUUAUCACAGUUGUGUAAUAUAUUGUACAGUUUCAUUUGUUUGUACUGCUGCAGAAUGUAUUACAGGGGCGGUGAAAUACAUUCCUUAACUGUAGGGCUUGAUGCAUUGCAGAUUUAUAUCAAUCCCUACUGUAUUAAUUAAUUACAUGAAUCGCAUUUCACUGUUCCCUGUGGUUUUAAACUAGUGAAAUGAGAACACAUACAUACUGUACAUUAACAUACAAAUCCAUAACAUACUGUACAAUUAAACAACAAUGUUUCAACAUUCACUGAGAUCCGGGGCCAGUGACUGCGCUCAACAGAUUUUACUUUUUUCAUUUUUUUUUCAUUGUUUGUUUUAGGAAAUCAAGCGGCAUUAUAACCUCAUUACACUGGUUAGUUUAUGCACACUUCUGUUUAGAUUCUAACAGUACAUAUUGCACGUUUUAGUUAUUUUUUCCCCUCAUAUUCCACCAGCUCCCUACUGCAGACAUUCACAGAUACACAUGUCUUUGCCCUGUGCUCCUGAAUUGCGUUGCUGUGUGUGUAAUAAGUGUCUGUCUCUAGGGGGAGUGACUCUGUUGUCCUGGUAUCCAUGGAGAACAUGUGACAAAUCCUAUCACUACCCCCUUUUUUAACGUGCAAGUCGUUUGUGUUUUAUGUUCAUAUAUAAGUUGCCUUCUUGCUGCUUUUCAGAGUUCCAUUUGCCCUCCUGAUCGCAGUACACAGUACAGGGUUAUCUGAUGUUGCAUUGCAAACAGUCAGGCUUGACCUGCAAGAUGGCGAUCUGGUUGAACAGUCUCACUUUGUUGAGCUUGCAGCACAUGGGUCAGUGUUGGAUGUCAUUAACAACACGCUGACUGUCUUCUCAUUAGCAUGGAUUGGUACAGCUCAGGCAGCCCUUUAGGGCCAUGCCUCUCUGGAGUUCGGAAUAGUAAAUCCAUAUGGGAGUCAGUGCAAAGUCGUCAUUCACGCCCUGCCUCCCUCCCACAACCACAGAUGAACUGGGACACACAGCUGAGCUCCAUCCUCUCCACCACUGACAGCAGUAUGGCUCGAAUCCGGGAGAGAUUGAAUGCGACAGGAAGCUUCUCGAAAGAUGAAUUGGGUGACUCGCUGCACAUGAAGAGCUUGCUGUAUCAGGAGCCCUCCCCCUCGUACCUGGAGCCCCUGCCCCCCAGGAUGGAGAGGGGGGAUCUCACAGGGGUGCACACGCAGCUGCAGUCCCAGUCACAGGCGAUCGAGUCCCUCACUCAGACGGUUCUGAAGUUGGAGAAGGACCGGGAGCUGCAGCAGCACCGCAUACAGACACUAGAGGAGGAGGUGCGCAGGUUGCGGACUCGCGGGGAGGAGGAGCAGCGCAGGAGCCCGGAGCGGCGGCUGGAGAGGAGAGUGGAGGAGUGGAAGAGGGAGGUGACCAGCGAGCUGUACAGCCUGAGAGCUCAGCUACAGAGAGAGGCAGAGAGAGCCGGCAGCCAGGGGCAGCAGGAGAUACAGGACAGCAAGAAGCUGCUGCGUGAGGAGUGCGAGAUGCUGAGGAGAGAGGUUGAGCACAUUAAACUGCAGCUGAGGAGGCAGGAGGAAGAGCUUUUGAACAAGAUUUCUGAAACCAGGGAGAUGAAACGAUCGCAGGAGAGGAACAGCAAGACCCUGGAAGGGCUGACAGAUGGGUAUCGGUCUCACUCCGUAGACCUGAAUAAAGUGCUCUCCAGUCACCACUACACUGAGCAGGAGUUCAAACACAUCAGAUCAACAGUCAUGGAUCUGAAGGGAGAAGUGAGAAGCCUGAAGCGGAGUGUCGGCAGACUGGAUCAGAGCAGCAUGCUGACAACGAGGACGGCGUCUCUCCCUCCCGCAGGACUCAGUAGCAGCCGUGUUCAAGGCAGCCACAGGACCCGGCGAGCGGCCGAGCCCCAUCCUGAGACGCUAGACCGGGACUCCGACCUGGAGCUCAGCCCCAGCCCCAGCCCCAGCCCCAGCCCCAGCCCCAGCCCCAGCCUGGGGGACAUCAGCUCUGACGACCUGUCCUCCCUCCCGGACCUGCACAGCCGAGCGCCCUGCACAGCAGAGUCCAAGUAUGCCACCGGACUAAGUUCUGAGCUGGAAGGAAGUGACAUCGGUGAAACGGGAAGUGACCUGGAAGAUGACGGUGAUGUCGCCAGCUUUGCUGCCCACCUGGACGAGUUAUCAGACAGCCCUUGUGAACUUAACCUCAGUGACCUUUAGCCUCCCAUUGACAUGACUUGAGUCUCAGAGGACAAUGUGGAGCGGCUUCACAACUCCAUGCAGCAGGACUGAUGUUCCAGCUUGAAGGAUCUGUUUAUUUUGACUGGGGGGUUAGGGUCUGUGUAGGUGCUUGUGAGGGAGGUGGUCCAGGCACCGCACCUCAUGACUGCUCACGUCCUGUCUCCGUGCUCACAGAGAGCUGGGGUGGUGCCUUAUUUUGGUGUAUUUUCACAGCAAAACAUAGGAUAGAGAUUAAAGGCAGCCUUCACACACACUGAGUCACUUCAGAAACAGUCCCUGGAAUAGAUAGUCCAUUGUGUCCCUUGUCAUGCGGCAUUUUAUUUGAGCUGCUGGCAUGUUCUGUUCUGUUUUUAGUUUUUUGCUUUUUUUUUCCUGUAAGGGGGGACCCAAUGAAAAACUAAAAUAAAAACAGAAGCACAGCCAUGUGGUGUUUGCCUGUUUAUUUUUUAUGCUUCACCCCCCUUCCUUUCCCCUCGAUUCUGCAGUUCUGAAACUCAAAAACACUCGAAACGCGACUCGCCCUCACUGCCGUACGAUAAUGAGUGCUCUGUUUUUGUUUUUUUUCUCAUGUUUUCAAUUGUGAUUGUAAAUGAAGUGAAUUGCAAUCUCAUGGUUUAAACAUAUGUUCAAUGGGCAGUAUUCAGGUAGUGUAGACAGCAUCCAGUGGUACAUCAUCCUAACUUAUACAGCUAGUUUUACAAACCCCAAUUAGCACUAAACUUCAACUUAGGUAGUCCAAUAUUAAGAUGAGUCUGUGAAACCAGUCAAUAAUUUUCUGGCACAUCUGCUAACAGUGUUCUCUGGUAAAUAAUGCUCGCAUUUUAAAUGGUAAGAGGUCAUUGUCUCUGUUAAACUCUGCACAGCUAUGCAAGUGCACCACUCUCUCUCGUGGUUUAUAUCAUUAGAAACUUUCCUUCUCAAAUUUGCAUCCAAGUCCUCGGGACACUCAACCCAGCCAUUGUCUCGGACUGCUGCUUCCUCCACGCCUUGGGUGCAGAUCUGCAUCUAAAACAACUUGGAUUCUCUUCAUGUCCUGCCCGAGCGUUCCCAAAAAAAUGAGUUUUUUGGCAUGGAGUUAAGAUCAUUGUCCUGGCAUGAGUUAGAUUUGUUUGCUGUUUCUUUUAUACAAUUGUAAUUAAAAUAACAAUGUUGCUUUAUGUUACUUGCCAGAAUGCACCAGAACAUUUAUAUUUAAAAAAAGUCAACAUCAGCUUAGUGGUGGAUGGGACAUCUGGGCCAAUGGCAUAUGUGCCAGUCUCUGCUAUAGGGGUCCAGAAAAGUGUCCAAUGCAAUAUACAAACAUAGCCUUUAUUUUGUCUCUGGCAAAAGCUAACUACAUUUAAUUGAGGUGAGGAGAAGUAUGAUCAAAUACUGUACAACAAGCAGAUUCAGAAAAACAUGUUUAAACCAGUAUCUUUGAAAUUGUGAAACAGGCAGUUCAACUUCGGUCAAAUCAUUCUUGGCAUUCAUACCAUCUACAAUGGAGGAAUCUGUUUUCUUACUCAGAAUGUGGUUGGUAAUGAAAAGUUACUUUGGACAGACAUUUGAUUUCUUUCUUGAUACCUGAAUAGCAGAGAAUGCCACGUGGCAGGUUUGUACAGAUGUAAAAUAGAACCGGAUUGUAUUGCAGUGUGAACCCAGUCUGCUUCUUGUCCUCAUGCACAGUACAGUAGCAUCUCUGAUGCAAUACUGUGCAUUUAAGGGCCCCCUGGAAAGCGAGCUGUGAGGGUUUUUACAUUUGAAUCUCAACACAUUCUUAUUCAAGGAAACAACAAACCAACAGUUGUCCAUUAACUGCAGGAGGUCUCUAUUAGGCCUGGCAGCAAAUCCAAUAAGCGAUACCUAAUCAGAUUCAGAUGGCUUUAAAUGAAUAAACAGCAGUGUAUACAGUUUCUGUGCUGCCAGUGAAUAUCGUCCCAUCUGUAGCACAGUGUGUGCCAUCUCCUCAUCACUGCUCACCACCAUGAUACAUACCGUAUAUUCAUGCAAAUAGACAGAUGGGCUCAUCCUUGGGGACACACUGUCUUCCAUCAACAUGCAGUUAAUCCUUUGCUCUCAUACAAUAUACAAGCCUAUGGGUCUGUCUGAGUACAUCCCCCCUACAGCUGAAGGGAAGUGUACACGCAAGACUAACGAUGCUUCUAAACCUGCUUUACUAUAAACUGCUAUAGUAAAUUGAGACAGUAACGUUGAUAAAGCAUUGCCAAGGUUUUAGUUUUUAUGUUUUUUCUUUCGUUAUUGCAUUCUCUUAUUAAUACUUGUCAAUGUUUUUAUUCAUGUGAUGCGCUUUGCUUAAAUUUUUAUUGUGAA